AUGAUGAUGAUGGCGGAGCUGGUGCAGGGACAGGCCUCGGUGGCUCAGCCCGGGAUGAAAACAGACGGCUUCGCCGACGCUCUACACCGGGCCCGACAGAUUGCGGCUAAAAUGGGGGGUGACCAGAUGUCCCACCUGAACAACUCCUCACCAGUUGUUGACCCCUCCCUGUACGGCUAUGGAGGGCAGAAGCGAUCCCUGGAUGAGGGAGUGGGCAACCAGCUCGGUGGCAUGGUACAUCAAAGGGCUAUAAUAACAGAAGACUUCAAAGUGCCUGAUAAAAUGGUUGGAUUCAUCAUUGGCAGAGGAGGCGAACAGAUCACAAGAAUCCAACUAGAGUCGGGCUGCAAGAUUCAAAUCGCAGCGGACAGUGGAGGGAUGAUGGACAGGCCCUGCACUCUGACUGGAAGCCCGGAGAGCAUUGAGCAGGCGAAGCGGCUGUUGGGGCAGAUCGUGGAGCGCUGUCGGAAUGGGCCAGGCUUCCACAGCGAGAUGGACGGGAACAGCGCGGUCCAGGAGAUCCUGAUCCCGGCCAGCAAAGUGGGCCUGGUCAUCGGCAAGGGAGGGGACACCAUCAAACAGCUGCAGGAAAGAACAGGAGUGAAAAUGCUGAUGAUUCAGGAUGGCCCCAUGCCGACAGGCGCUGACAAACCCCUGAGAAUCACCGGGGAUCCCUACAAAGUGCAGCAAGCACGUGAACUGGUGGUGGAGAUCAUCAGAGACAAGGACCAGGGGGACUUCCGGGCCGGCCGGAGUGACUUCGGGUCCCGACUGGGAGGGAGCAGUUUGGACGUGGCUGUCCCGAGAUUUGCGGUUGGGAUCGUCAUCGGCAGGAACGGUGAGAUGAUCAAGAAGAUUCAGAACGACGCAGGUGUGAGGAUCCAGUUCAAGCCAGAUGAUGGGAUCAGCCCGGACAGAAUCGCCCAGGUGAUGGGGCAGCCGGACAGGUGUCAGCAUGCAGUCCACCUCAUCAAUGAGCUCGUCCACACCGCGCAGGAGCGGGAUGGAUUCGGGGGUCCCGUGGGCCCCAGAGGCAGGGGUCGAGGACGUGGAGAGUGGAACAUGGGGGCGCCAGGCGGGCUGCAGGAAGUGACAUACACGAUACCCGCUGACAAGUGCGGCCUGGUGAUUGGGAAAGGUGGGGAGACCAUCAAGAACAUCAACCAGCAGUCCGGGGCGCACGUGGAGCUGCAGCGCAACCCGCCCCCCAACACCGACCCCAACGUGCGCAUCUUCUCCAUCCGGGGGACCCCCCAGCAGAUGGAGCUGGCCCGGCAGCUGAUCGACGAGAAGAUCGGGGGUUCGGGGAUGGGAGGCAACAGUAGUUUUGGUCUGAACCCGUUCACACAGGGGCCAGCUACUCCUCACCAAAAUGGCCCCCAAACGUUCAUGACUGGGGGAUGGGGAACGACGUACCAGACAUGGCAACCUCAGGGUCAGCAGGACCCCAGUCACAACGGAUCCCAGACCGGGCAGGUGGAUUAUUCCAAAGCUUGGGAGCAGUAUUAUAAAAAGCUAGGUCAGCAAAGCCAGGCCCAAAGCACUGGCCCUGACUACAGCAAAGCGUGGGAGGAGUACUACAAGAAACAGAGCCAGGCGGCCGGGCCCGGCUCCCAGCAGAGCUCCCCCCCGGACUACAGUGCCGCCUGGGCGGAAUAUUACAGACAGCAGGGGGCGUACUACGGGCAGGGCGCCCCCCAGACACAGGCUCCAGGCCUUCAGGAACAUUAGAGUGGAUUCCCUUUAGUUGAAGAUUUUUUUUUGAAUCGCUGAGAGGAGGAAAAACAAACCUUUUAUAAUGGAGGUUUCUAGAUUUGCAACGCCUUGAAGACUUUUACUUUUUUUUCUUAGUGAGAAACACUAGCUGUAGAAUGACUUAUACAAUUUAAAAAAAAAAAAAAGAAUAUUUCUAAAUCAGGAACAUUUAAUUGUUACUAAAUACUUGUGUACACCAUUAUUUGAAUGGACAAUUUCCGGGAUCCCUUUUGGAUUUAAGAGAGAACCCUUUUUGUUUUUCAAAGAAAUUUUUUUUUUUUAAUUGAAAGAUGAAAAAGCCAAAAUGCACCCCGGAAUUGUAACAUUUCAGCGAAACGCAAUAUAAUCUAUUUUUUCUAGUUCUGUUGCAAUAAAAUCGUAAUGGAUGGGCUUGGCAGUCUUGAGGCAAAUUAUGAGUUUUGUUUUUGUCAUGAAAGAACAGAUGUUUUAAGAAUGUGUAAAAAUGUGCGUUGUCUUUCUUUUCUCUUUUACAUAAUGCAUUUUAAUUCAGUGAGACGAAACUGUGAUUUUGUUACAGGAAAAGGUAUUCUUUUGUUACGAAAUACCAGGGGUGUUGUCAGCAAAUGGCAGUCAGUUCCUAAUUUAAUAGCCCUUCCUGUGCUUUGGUUCUGUUGUUCAGUGUCAUUUUUAUUGUACUCUGGUUUAAAAAGGUGCAAUAUCUUAUUUCAUUUUUGAAACAAAGAUGGAUUCUAAUAUUUUG